AUGAAAAGAAGCACACGACAAGGAGAUGAACCUGGAGAUGUUUCAAGUGAUGAAUGUUAUAUUCUUGAGGAAACAGUUCCCAAACCAAGUCAAAAGAAGGAAAAGACAUUGAUUCUAAAAGAUGAUACAAUUGCAAACAGUAGAAAAAGGAAGGGUACUACUGUUUCAUUACCUGAGAAGAAGAAGAGAGUGGCUGUGGAAUCUGAAAAUAAAAAUGUGAAAUUAGAAUCUGCAGUUGAUAUAAAGGAAUCAGAAAGUUCAAAGAAAAAGAUACAAAGUAGAAAUGUAAAAAAUAGAAAGAAAGAAGUACAAAGCACUGACAAAGAAAAUAUUCAACAGACAUUAAAAGACACAAGUCAAAUAUUAUUUAAUUCUGUAGAAUGUAACGAAUGGAGUGAUGUAGACUAUGUUAGUGAAGUAAAUAAUGUUGAAAAGCACAUAGCAGCAAAUGUUGUAAAGCUUUUCAAUGAUGAUAACACAAUUCCAUUUAUUGCAAGGUAUAGGAGAAACAUGACUAAUGGCAUGGAAGCUGAUAAAUUAAGAGCAUUGAAAGAAAGUCUUGAUCAGGCUAAAUCAAUUAAACAACGUGCCAGCACUAUAUUGAAAUCUAUUGAUAAAUUAGGACAGUGGAGUCCUAGUAUAUAUUCUGCUGUUGUGUCUGCCAAAAGCUUAGAUGACUUAGAACACAUAUAUUCUCUUUUUAAACCAGCAUCUAAGCGAAGCCUGGCAGAAAGGGCAAAAGAAAUAGGCUUGGGACCUAUAAGUGAUCUAAUAAUACAGGGUCAAACACUACCUCCCUUAUCAUCUAUGAUUGACUCUAACAAAAGUGGUUUAAAAACUGAACAAGAAAUUAAAGAUGGAAUUAUACAUAUAGUAGCAGACAUUUUAAACAAAGACAAAUUGAUAUUUGACAAAGUUAAAGAUCUCCAAAAUGAAUCUCUUAUAAAAAUAGAAGCCACUAAAUGUAAAUCCAGGAGUAAGUCUUCAAAUGAUAAAUUGAAAGAUAUAAAUAGGAAGUAUGAGAUGUAUUAUGAUUUCAGUACAAAUACCAGAUACAUUAAACCACAUCAGAUACUGGCUAUUAAUAGAGGAGAAGCACAAAAAAUUCUUACUGUCAAAAUUGUCUUGCCUCAUUUUUUUGAAAGAGAAUUUAAAGCUCACUGUUACAAGCAGUUUAGUAAUGUUAUGAAUGCAUCCAAAUUACAUAUGAAAUUAUUAAACGAUAGCAUUGAUUAUUGUUACACAAAGUUCAUUAAACCCUUGGUAGUACGUAGAGUGAGAAGUGAAAUGAAACAAAAAGCAGAGACAGCAUCCAUUGAAGUGUUUGUAACUAAUGUUAAACAGUUACUUCUUUCACCACCUGUACGUGGGAAAAUCAUUCUUGGCAUAGAUCCAGGAUUUUCUCAUGGUUGCAAGCUGGCAGUAAUUUCUGAACAGGGAAAUGUUCUUGAAACAGGUGUAAUUUAUCCACACAAAAAAGUGAAAGACUCUAGUGAUGAAUCUGCUAAUGUUUUGGUGCAUUUAGUAAAUAGACACAAAUGUACAAUCUUAGCAUUGGGUAAUGCUACAGCUUGUAGAGAGACUGAAGUAUUCCUAAAUAAGUUAAUGGAGUCCAAAACAUUUGGUUCUACAGAUGUAUCAUACACAAUAGUGGAUGAAGCAGGAGCAUCAAUUUAUAGCUGUAGCACAGAAGCAAAGUCUGAGUUUCCAGAUGUGGAUACCAAUAUAAUUUCUGCCAUUUCUAUAGCAAGACGUAUACAAGACCCUCUUGCUGAAUUAGUAAAAGUAGAACCCAAACAUUUGGGUGUAGGAAUGUACCAACAUGAUCUCCCAGAGAAACAAUUAUUAACAUCAUUGAAUGAGGUAGUUUCAGAGGUUGUGAGCUUUGUAGGAGUGGAUGUGAACACUGCAUCUCAAUGCCUUUUGAGAAGAGUUGCAGGCUUAAAUGCAUCUAGAGCAAAUAAGAUUAUAGAAUGGAGGACAGAAUUUGGUCCAUUUAAAAAUAGACAACAAUUAAUGGAUGUAAAAGGAAUUGGAAACAAAGUAUUUGAACAGUGCGCCGGAUUUAUUAGAAUAUUACCAGAAACAUCAACUACGGACAAUGUAGUAAAGCCCAAACAGUCUACGAAGUCUACGCACACGUUUAAUUUACUAGAUCAAACUUGGAUCCAUCCUGAAUCAUACGAUGUAGCUGAGAAAUUUCUAAAAUAUUGUAAUUGUAAUUUAGAAGGUCUCGGCACCACAGCGUUUAUUGAAAACGUGAAGUCACGGGCCAUUGAAGGGUGCGUCGUGUUAGCCAAAAAACUUGACACAAACGAAACGACAAUAGAAGUGAUAAUUAAAGGUUUAUCCAUGAAAAAGGACGAGGAUAUACGAUUAAAGACUCGUGCUCCUUUGUUCAGAAAAUGUAUGCUCAGUAUUAACGACUUAACCGUUGGAACGUCAUUAACGGGUGCUGUACGCAACGUUACACAUUUUGGAGCGUUUGUAGAUAUUGGAGUGGGUAGAGCUGGACUUAUACCAACAAACUGGCUAAAAAAUUGUACGGUUUCGGUAGGUCAGCGCGUAGAAGUGAAAGUAUUUGAAGUGGAUGUCGAACGUGGCAGGAUUGGUUUAGAAUUAACUAAUGUUUUAUAA